GCUCACCAAGUCUCUAUAUUCGCGUGAGACCCAAUAUAUAACAUUAACACAGCAUGACGAAUAAAAGGGGAAUCAGACGUCCAUGCAGAAGAGAAGGCCACGCAGCACGCACACGAGAAUGACAACGGAGACACCGUCCCGCAGCAGGUGGCCAUGAGAAAACUCAUGUGUGCCAAAAAAUGACAGGCCCCCGACAUACACUCACAGGAUGGCCUUGAGACUAUACUCGCGGUAUGCCCCCCCCCAAAAGGCUAGUGUGGCCGGCAGGAUGACCCGCCGCACCUCCCCCACACGCAUGUCAGUGAAGACCUCCUGCCACCACUUCUCCCGAUCAGACACACGACCCUCCCACCCACGAUUCUCGCCUUUCUUGUCUCGUCCGUCAAAGUCGUCACGCCAGUGGAUGUAGUCGUACCAGACGCACUGGUUGCGUGUCGGUUUGGGCCCACUGCCCUGCUGCACCACUCGGAAGUGCGCACCAGACGGCAACCGAAUGAACACAUCACCGCCGCUGCCCUGGCCAUGCGGAGAGCUGCGAAGAGGAAGAGAGGGAGCCAAUCAUAACGUCGCCGAUCACUUCUCCCUUCCGUCUCACCUGUGCGUGUCGAUGCCGUACAUGGCGGCCGUCUUGUUGAAGGACUCCUGCUUGGCCACGCCGUCCAGCUGGAGUGGCGCCUUGACACCCUCACCAAUCAGCAGCUGUGUGUCGGUGAGUGAGGCAGCGUGUCGUUUGCGGCGGUAGUAGUCCACCAGACGGCGGACGUGGUCGACAGGCACAUCCUCAACGGGAGACGGCCACCUGAUCGACGACAACACACAUACCAUAUGCCCGUGUUGUUGUGUGCUCUCCUGAUGCUCACAUAUCGAAUCGGUUGCGCAGCCCGAUGUCGCCCAUCUGGUCUAGAGUGUACUGCACCGUCGAGACGAACAUUCCGCACACAUCGACCGACCGGAUGGGAUCGCCGCCACUCAGAGGCGCCAGGAAGGGCGUGACGGCCUGAUGUGCAGACCAACAGACAGACAGACAGACGCACUCAUGGACAGCCUGCAGUGCUUCGGUUGUCCUGAUUUCUCUUACUCACCUUGAUUUCGAUCAUCGCCUGGUCGUAUACCGCCUUCUUGGCCGCCCGGUCCCUGUCGAGCUCCUUCUUCUUUGCUGUGAAGGUCUUGAUGAACUUCUCCACCUCGGCCACGACCCCUCUCAGUUCUGGCAGCACCCCCUGUGACGGCAGGGUCGGCUCUUUGGAGUUCUUUGGUGUGGCUGCAGAUGCGUCAGUGGGCGACUUGUCGAUGGGCGACAGGAGCAGUGCCGUCCAAAAGUCAUGAAGACCUGGGCGCAAUACACACACACACACAUACACACACAUACACACACAAAUGCAGGAGACCAUGAGUGGUUGCUUCGCGCUUCAUGACCUUGAUAGUUGCGCUUCUUCGCAUCGUCCACCAGGUGGUCAACCGAGUCCUCCCCGCCCAGCAGGUCCUCGAGCAUCGCCUCAAACGCACGCGGACACACAUCGAUGAAGAUGCGGUUGUCUGCAUCACGACCCAGCCGCCCAUCCCAUCGGCCACCGAGCAGCACCGCCAGCAGGGAGCCCUUGCUGCUCGUCAGGUGCUUCCGACGAACACAGCACACACUCCCGCCGACGUUGAGCAGCAGCAGGUCAUCACCAGAGGCCGCCGAGCCGUCAGACGCGCCGUGGUCGCUCAGCAGCCUGCCGACGUUGUAAGUCGAUGCGAUCUCUGCGCGCUCUGCCUCGAGGCUCUCCAUUGGGCCGAGGAUCUGCCUGUCCAGUCGGCAGAGGGCCUCAUGGCGAGUGAAGGGCUCCAUGACAGCAGACCUGACGACAAACGGCAGAUGAAUGAAUUCAUCAGAUCUUCCUGAUCACAGUCUCUGUAUGUCACUCCUCAGCUCUCCUCUUACCUCUUUCUUCUGCUUUCAAUGGAGUUUUCACAACGGCAGCUGGAGUUUUCACAAUCCUUGCGGGCUUUGAUAGUGCUUUGAUUUCUUUCGAAGCAAAGCUCGGCGUCGAGGGCGUCACACAAGUGAGGCAGGAGCGAGACAGCAAUCA